GUUUGUCGCUAUUUUGGCAUUAUCUUUCAUUAACGGUGUGUUUUGUAUAUUUUUCAGUGUCACAGAAACGACUCUAACCCGUACUGAGCGCUCUAAACACAUUUAUCCCUAAAAAGCUAGCCGAUAAACCAAACGGCCUGUCCUGUCAAGUUCAAACUUUGUCGCAUUCAGUCUAUCGUGUUUACUUCGUCUCUAAUGAAGAAUGAUUUAAUUCGUAUCCAACUUUAUAAGAUCUAUUUAAUCGUUGUACGCACAGGCUAAGUCAGUUUUGCGUUCAGAACCAGAACCCUAGAGCGCUGAACGACGAAUAAACAAGGAACUAUUUCUUCAAGCGCGUCGGCAUUGAGGGAGCGCUGCGGACGGAGCCACCUCCUCCGGGACGGAGCGCGAACGGAUACGCGAAAACGCCGCAGCGGACUGUUUGUCGUGUGCGGGCUGAUCUGUGGCAGUGUGUGUGUGGGUGCUUAGCGGCGGUUACGAUUUCGUCCGAGUGUUGCCAAGACUUGUGAGCACUAUGGAUUUACUGCACCUGCUUCUGGCCACGGCGGGAACGGUCCUCUUCAUAACAGAAUGCCGGGGUGAGCUGUUCCUGCAGCCAGCGAAGCCCGAACUCAGCCUCUUCACGGGAGAGAACUUCUUCGUCACGUGCUUUGCGGGACCAGGCACGGAGCAACAGUCCAUCACGUGGACGGGGCCCGACGGAAAGGAAAUCAAGACAACUUACGGACGAAUCCACAUAGUUCCUCCCACGGGGGACCAGUCGGGACUGAACUUGGUUGUGGAAGAAGUCUGGGCAUCCGACAAGGGAAGCUACACCUGUUCGUCCCCCAACCAGGGAGAAGAGGCUACCUUCAACCUGGUUGUCUACCGAGCCAUCACUUUUGAAGGGACCCCUGACAAGCAGUCUGGUUCAGAGGGAGAAGACUUCCUCCUCAAGUGCAAUGCCCAGGCAGAAUCUAAGCCAUUUGUUUCCUGGAACAGGGACUCCAAGACCAUUAAGAACAGCAAAAAGUACAAGAUUGAAGACCAAGCUCUUCUUAUCAGGAAUCUGUCGCGGCACGACGCUGGGAACUACACCUGCAAUGCUUACCUGGCAACUGCGCUCCUUUCGGCUGUCAAGUACAAGGUCAUCACCCUCAGUGUUCACUAUGGCCCCGAGUGGAAGCCUCCGAUCCAGGAGGCCGCCUAUGCCCGACUUGGAUCGACUGCCAUUUUUAAUUGCGACGCCAGUGGGAUGCCUGAGCCAACCAUCCUUUGGUUCCGCGACGGCCAGAUGAUUGAAUCAGACGAUGAACAUGACAUCAACGGGGACGUGGGCUCUAGCACACUCAGGAUCAAUGUUACAGACAUAUCCGAAUUUGGGGAAUACACGUGCAGAGUUCAUAAUGAACUGGGCGUUCAGGAGCAUGUCAUUCUGCUGAAAGAAGGAGAGGCCCCCAAGGCACCCCGGGUGGCUGUGGUGGAGUCAAACCCCAGCGCCCUGGUCCUCAAGAUUGAGCACCCUGCCAAGGAGCCCCUGAAGGUGGUUAGCUUCAGAGUGGAGUACAAGACUGACAAGGACCCCAGCUGGGACACCGCCGCCUCCCAGGAGUAUGAGACCGGAAAUGGACUUCAGUACACGCUAAAGAACCUGAACCACGACACGAGCUAUGCCAUCCGUGUCGCCGCACGCAAUGCAGCCGGAUACGGAGACUUCUCGGAUGAGAUCUACCAUCGGACGAAGGACCCCCAGCACUACACGCAAGCCAAUGGCGGCUACGGGUUCUGGGGCAGCCAGUCCAUCCCUGCCCUCCUCUCGCUAAGCUGCAUACUGCUGCUCAGGCUCUAAGGCAGGCCUCCUCUUUAAGGAGCUUGCCAGCACACUGCUACAAGACGAGGUGCUCUGCAGAGGAAAUACUACAGCAAGCUGUGGCAACGCAAAUUGCCGUGCUUCUGAUCAAGUGCAUUACAGCAAGCCGAGUUGUUAACCCAAAUUUUACUGCAGCAGAAUCUUAUCUGUUUGCAGCUUUGAGAAACUCGGCUCAUCUGCCACGAGAUAUAACAUUGUCAAUCCGGAAAUAUGCUGUGAUACACAUUGAACAAGAUGACUACAAUUUGCUUGCCAAAGUUGCUAUAGCAUACCGUAGUAGUUUGCUGUCAGAGAAAUUUUUAUGGGAAGAUACAGAGGUGAAGAGAAGAAGAUGCCCUAAACAGUUGUGUGCAUUGUAGGAUGCCAGUUUUUCUUUGUUUCUUUCUUAAAAUUUCAACUUUUGAUGAUGGAAAUAGUAUUACAGUGGAUUUAGUUCAAUGCACAAAGAUCUGAUGGGGUGUAUUUUGUAAAAAGACAGUUAUUUUCUAUCUCAAAUGAAAUGUGUUCUCUUGGUGCCCACUUUUAAUGGCUCCAAUGGAAAGCUGUUACGUGGUAGGUACUAUUCCUCAUGCUCCAUGUUUUUCAUCUCUUAUGGAUUUUACUUUGGACAACACUGUCUCUCUUCUCAAAUAGCUACCUUCAGCUGACAUUUCUCAAUUAGGUAGAUUUAGCCACAUCUAAGUUUGAGCGACAUUUCUUUACAUUGCAGAGUUUUUAUUUUUAAAAUUUCAAAUUUUAGGAUAUAUGUGAUGGAAUGAUUCUGUCAGUGUGUACUAUUUUUCAUUUUCAGUAUUAGCCGAUGUCUGUUAUUUUGUGUCAGUCACACCGAAGCAGUGUUAUGUUACACACUGCGUGCUAAAUCAUGUAUUAAUAUACGAGUGAGUAUGCUUGGAUAACCGAUGUCAGUACUGUUAAGUGGAGGCUUUUCAUAUACUACAUAAACAUGCCUGUGUACACACAAAUGUCAUUGGUGGUUGUCAGACGCUCUACUCUUGCAACGUUCUAUAGCUUGUAUCCCUGUAGGUGUUCUUCCAUAAGGUGAGUCUCUGUUGUGUAAAUGUUUUUACAUGAGGAGCGAAUCUCCGAGGCAUUUUUGAAUCUCGUCGGAUGCUUGCACCGAGUAACAGUGGCACUGCGUGUUGUGCAUGCUUUGAUAUCUCGUUGCAUUCGAGGGCUUUUUCUUGUCGAUUACAGCGUCAGACUAAUUGUCAUUUCAGUUCACAGUUGUACUUUCCUUUUGCCGGUAUCUCUGCGUGAAAGUGCCAUCUGUGAUGCGGUGUUCCGAGGCAAUCUUCGGCAAGUUCUCACUCGGGAGAGCGUGCCCGUUUCUCCAGUAGGUGCAUCCUGAGCAAAGGCCGCCACGAGACUUCAUUCGCGUCUUAUUUUUGGAGAGUGUAGCAUUAUCGUCAGCUGACCCAAAAGGCUCCCAUAGGAUCAAGAAGACACGUCCCGCAACAGCCUCGCUCAUGUAGGUCGCUCGAGAUCUCGCAGGCGCGAACAGUCGCCGCGAGGACUCAGUUCCGCUCCCCAAGGCUCGCGGGGCCACUGCAUCUUUUCCGCUCUGCCCGACGCAGAGCUCCAACGCCACACUGCACGUACGUUACACAAGCACCUUGUUUAUUCCGGGAAGGAACCGAGUCUCCACAGAACCGAGCAACGAAUGGUGCAAGCUGUGGGCCCUUGCGCCUUUUGGUCUUUGCACACUUCUGCUCAAGCACUGGGGUGCAACGGGGCGCCGUGCCCCGGCGGAAGGGAGCACCAGACGGGCAGGCCCGUGCACCUGCCGCCAAGUGCGAUUAGGUGGUGCCAUCCUUUUCACGUAGCCAAGGCGUGCUCCUAGAAACGCUUCCCAAGGAACUUCCAGCCACAUUCUUAGCGGGCGUCGAUUCGAGUUCACGGCCAACUCGGAGGUUCAAAAGGGGAUCUGUUUGGUUGCCAGUUACGUUUGGUGUCUCUCUUGACGGGUUAUCUAGCGGAUCAGUAACGUGUAUUAUGUUGGUGCGUAAUAUAUGCGACAUGCACGUGUCUCAGAUAUAUAUUUAUAUGAUGUUGAAGGAUCGAGGACUUUCAUCAGCUUUUGGGGCGGAGGUUUUUUUCACUACGAGCGUCUGUUUGUGUGCCUGGCUCCGUGUACUUGGGUGGUGUAAAUAUGUUGGCUGCAUGGCUUCUGGUUGUUGGAUGGAAUGAGCUGUUUUGGGGAGAAUCAUUGGGACUCGUGACUGGUGCAGACCUUAACAAAAUACUAUAUUGUUAGCUGUUCUCUUGUAAGCAUGAAGCCAUGCGAAGCUGUUUCUGCAUGUUUCUAAUACUUGUAUAGUGCAACUACAGAUUGUAUGAAAACUCUGGGAACAUCUUCGUACUGCCUAACCAGCCGUCUUUUUUUCCUCGCUUUUCUGGCAAAAUCGCCUUGAUGUUGUCUACUGCUUUUUAUUAGUAUUUUCGAAGAUUUAUUGCGUGUUUAGCUUUCGAAUAUACAUUCCGUGCAAAUUGAGCUUUAUGUCACAGUACAGCGCCUUUGUUCAAGAUUUUCUUUUUCUUACCGAGGUUAUGUAGAAUUCCUCGCCACAAUUUUUGCGGUGUUGUUACUUUUGAAACACUGUUCACGUAUGUGUGGUGUAAAUAAACAUGUCUCUGAAAGUAUUA